CGCCGUUGAGGUCGCCAUGGUUACGGGAGAAGCGGUUGGUAACGGUUGAGGCGGAGGUAAGCGGAGCUUAAAAUGCGACCACCAUAUGGAGAGACUGGUCCAGAAAAGGGAAUCAAGGAGGAAGUUAAUGAGCAAGAUAUGUCAGAAGAGUCUCCAAGUGAUUGCAGAAAUGGACAUAUCCAGAUAAACAAUGAACAUAGUCUUGUAAAAACAGAACUACAGUCCCAAUCACAAGAUGUAGAGCCAGAGCCAGAAGAGGGAAUCAAAGAUGAUGUGACUGUACAAAGGAAGUCAAAAGAGAUUUUGAAUGAUUACAGUACUGGAGAUACCAUGAUAGCUGUAAAAACAGUCAUAGAUACUAUCAUAUCAAAGCUCACUUCAAGUUUAUCUAAAGAAGAUACUAAAUCUGAAGAGAAAACCAUGUACACUGUGUCCAAAAUAUAUCAACAUCAUGAGCAGCAGUCAGGUGGUGAUCAUAAACCAGUGACCGAUUCAUCCAGUGUCAAGGCAGAAGAAAACAAAGGUUGCCUUCGAAUGACGAAAAAGCUCCUGCGAGACAUCUGCAAACAGCAAAAAUUAUACAUGACCCCAAGUUUGAAUGACACACUAUAUUUACAUUAUAAAGGAUUUGACCGCCUUGAGAAUCUUGAAGAGUAUACAGGAUUAAAGUGUCUCUGGCUUGAAUGCAAUGGUUUAACAAAAAUUGAGAACCUGGAGGCUCAGACAGAGUUGCGCUGCCUGUACUUGCACCUCAAUUUAAUUAAUAAAAUUGAAAACCUGGAACCCCUGCAAAAGCUGGAUUCGCUCAACCUCAGUAACAAUUAUAUCAAGAUUAUUGAAAACCUCUCUUGUCUGAGUGUUCUGCACACUCUGCAGAUUGCUCACAAUAAGUUACAAACAGUGAAAGACAUACAGCACCUGCAGGAGUGCCCAACCAUCUGUGUCCUUGACCUUUCUCACAACAAGUUAGAUGAUCCAAAUAUUCUAAAUAUCCUGGAGACCAUGCCUGAUUUGCGUGUGCUGAAUUUGAUGGGAAAUGAAGUGAUUAAGAAAAUUCCUAAUUAUAGAAGGACACUUACUAUUCGACUAAAACAGUUAACAUACCUGGAUGAUAGGCCAGUUUUUCCAAAGGACAGAGCCUGUGCAGAAGCCUGGGCCAUGGGUGGGCGUGAAGCAGAAAAGAGUGAAAGGGAAAAAUGGGAGACCAGAGAGAGAAAGAAGAUCCAAGACAGUAUUGAUGCACUAACAGCGAUCAGGCGAAAAGCUGAAGAGAAGAAAAGACAAAGGGAAAAGGAAGAAAGAGAGAUACUCAGAGUGUGUGAAAAUAGAGGCACAACAGAGGCCCAGGAAGGAGAGGUUCCACCCACAAGUUACAGCAGCGAUGGAACUAACAAAACUUCAGGGAUUUCAAAUGCUUCUGAAGAGACACAAACUCAGAAGAUUAAGAAAUUUGUAAAUGAAAGCAUGGAGGCCCAUGAUGAAGUUUUAGCUGAAACAUCAAGUAAAGAAGAGCUGGAUAACCUGCAUACUAAUGUUACCGGUAACAUUCAGAAGGAUGGGCAAGAAGCUAAUUCUCCCAAAUGCCCAAAUUUCAGUACUAAUGAAGAAGCGAUUCUCGUAGGGAAUAUGGCUACUGAAGGUGCCCUGGUUACUGAACUGGAUGAGUCUGCAGAAACAGAGCAAAUUAAACUGGAGAUACCAGAGAAGCUUUUCAUUGAUGAACUGCCUGAUUUAGAAGAUGUGGACGUUAGUGAAUUCUCACCAGUAGAGGAAAACUCAAUCCAAAAGCAAGCAUAUCAUCCAAAGAUUGAAAUCAUUUCUGAAGUGAGUGAUGUCAAGGUCUCUGCUUCAGAGGAAAACAAAACCUUAUUUGGGAACUCAAUAACAGAAGAGAUCCCAACAGCCAUCUUUUCAAAUAUAUGUAAGGUACCUGAAGACAGUCAAAGGGAAACCACAAGACUCCUUGUAGAAGGUUUAGCAGAGCCUUGGAGUCCAGAGAGAAACUUAGAGAUCAAAGUUAAACAAGCCAAACCUUUGAAACCAUUGAUACAAGAGAUUAUUGCUGAACCAAUAGAUGAGAUACUGACAUCAGCAGCCUACAAUAAAGCGGAUGACGUAACCCCAGAGGAAUUGGACAACAAAGACAGUCACAUCAAACCCUCCUGCCCUGAGAAUAGCACUAAGGACAAAAUGGUGCAGUGCCUGGCAGAAAAUGGAGGAUCCCCUCAUAAACCACAACAAGAUAACGAGGACAUCGAGUAUGGGUUAGAUUAAGUGAUGAAUAAAAGUGGACCAAAUAUGGAAUACACCAUCUGGCCCACUAUUUGUGGUUACUCCUACUGUGGGUCCCUCAGUAAAACACCUGAAAAUACACUUCGUGUGAUGUCAUUCAUCAAAUGACUGCCUUAAUAUAGGAACUUUGUGUUCCAUCACAAAGUCAGCCAGUCAGGUUCAACAUAACAGUAUAGCCCUCAGCAGCACUACAUUAAAGUCAAGUAUUUCUGUGAAUUGAUGCCAGACAAAACUGAACCACACUGCUAUGCAGAAGAGAGGGGCUAAUUGCCAGCUUACCCACCGGUACCAAGUGCUUUAUGGUCUGAUUUUCAAAGGUGCUGAGCACCUGUAGCGCCCAUUGCAGUCUAUCACUUGUGAGCGCUCAGUACCUUUAAAAAUCAGGUCAGUAAUGUUUAAAGGUUGAAUUCAGGUUUCUUUUGAGAAGUUAUUUCUUUCAAAAAAUAGGGACGUUAAAUGUUUCAUUUAUUGCUGUAGUUUUAAUCCACUGUGUUACAUUUAUUUUUGUUCAGUCUAAAGAAAAUCCUGUUAUUAAGGUGCUGCAUUGUUAAUUUGUACAAUUUCCAUGUGUGUAUAUUCCAGCAAAUACUUA